UCGCCCAUCCUUAAUAUCUCGUUUCUAUCGUUUCUAUAAUUUUAAUUUCAAUCGCCACCGCUUUAUUAACAAUUUAAUAGUUGUAAUUGUAUUGUUAUCAUCGUUAUUUGAAAAAUAUAAGCGAUUGAUUAGUACAGCCGCAUUGUUCUGCCAGUGAUUAUUUCCGCGGUAGGAGGCUAAAACGAUGUUACAGUAAUUCAAUCCAAUUUCAACUUAUUGGUACAGAAUACUAUGGAACCAAUGACACUUGGCAGUCCUAGCGCAAGUCCUCUAACGUCAACGAGCGGGUAUCUUCCCUCCUUUCUCAUGGGUGAAACUCCAGCGACACCUAGAACAAAUACGCUGUCUCCAACUAAAGGUAGAUCAUCAUUGGCAUUUGCUCAGACUUCGACAAGUUUGGGAACACAAUCUCCAGAUUAUAUGAACAGAGCUGGUUUACCAUCUAAGUUCGGUGGAUUUGGUGGAUCUAAUUUGAAUCAAUCGGGAAUGAACCACAAUAGUAGUGUAUCUGGCCCACCUACACAAGGACUUUUUGAUUCUUUUCGAAACGAGAAACAACUUUUCCAAACACCAACAAAAAGUUUUCUAGCACAGCAACAACAAAACGCUCCUGGGUCUGCACUUUCUCCGCAAGCGUUUAAUCAAUCUGGCGGCGACCCCUAUCUAAAUCAGAGCGGGUUCAAUGUGUCGAGAGUCAUGUCACCAAUACCUGUGGCCCGAGAACAAGAUUUUAUUCGCAAUAACUCUAUCAUUUCACCGUUAUCUCAGUCACACCUGAAUUUAUCUCAAACCCAAAGUGUUAACGACUAUUGGAUAACUGUAUUCGGAUUUCCACAGUCAGCAUCCUCAAUGAUUCUGUCGCAUUUUUCUCAGUGCGGUGCAAUAAUCGACAAAGUGUUUGCAACGCAAAACGGAAAUUGGGUUCACCUGAGAUUUACUUCAAGACUCGAGUGUGAAAAGGCAUUGAAUUAUAAUGGAAAAAAUAUUGGUCAAAAUCUCAUGGUAGGAGUGCAGUAUUGCAAUGAUCCAGCUAUCAUAGGAAAAGAACAUACGGAAGAACGCAAAGACUAUUCUCUGAGUCGAGUGCGAUCAUUGACCCACAUAGCAUACAAAAACGCUCAACAUCCGACGAACGUAGUACCUAGUCCAACUGCUCCAAAACGGAGCUCUGGAAUUGUUAACAAAGCUAUGGAUCUAUUUUUUGGUUGGUAAAUGAAUGCUUGAAAGAAGUUUCCUAGUGAAGGAGUCUUGAUAAAAAAGAAUGUAACUGUUCAUCAUAGUGUAUUGAGAUAUUGUAGACGGUAUGUCAAAUAUGAAACAGCUAUUUUGAAAAAAAUUACAGAUAUUCCGUCUGUUUACAAACUGCCAUUGCACAAAAUUUAUUGCAUUCUAAAAUGUUUCAUUUAAAAUAUGACAAUGCUGCAAA